AGCGAUGAGCAAUCCAUCGCAACAUCCUGGUUCUGGGAUUCAGAGGCCCAAAUCUCUUAGAACCUGAAUGGGUUUGUGGAUAAGUUUUUUCAUUCCUCGGUGUUUCGAUCCAUGUCCACCCCACAGUCUCGAUGUAAUUGAUACCAGCCAAGUGGUGGUUGUGGUGGUGGUGGUGUAGUAAGUGUGUGUGUGUGUUUGUGUGUGAUUGUGUAUUGAGAGUCGAAUUCCUUCUUGCUUUGUGCGUUGUCGAGGAGCUGAAGCAGCUAUGGCGACCACACAAGCGAUUCUCUCUGCCACCCUUGCCAUAGCCCCGGCUUCCAGCUGCGAGACUUCGUCACGGAGCCCGGCGUCCACCAAAACUUGUCUCUCAGUGGCAGGAUCGUCGCUGCAUGGCUCAGUGGCCGGACUCGGAGCUGGGAAACAGAUUGUGAGCGUGCAGAGGAAGAGCGUUGCCGUGAGGGCCGCCGUUGCAGCUGAGACUGCCGCUCCCAAGCAGCAGGCGAAGAGCCAGUAUGACAUCACUACCCUGACGACGUGGUUGCUGAAGAAAGAGCAGGCGGGCGUCAUCGAUGGCGAGCUCACCAUUGUGCUCUCCAGCAUCGCCCUGGCUUGCAAGCAAAUUGCGUCUCUGGUGCAGAGGGCUGGCAUCUCCAACAUGACUGGGUUGCAAGGAGCUGCUAACAUUCAAGGGGAGGACCAGAAGAAGCUAGACGUUAUUUCGAACGAGGUGUUCUCAAGCUGUCUGCGCUCAAGCGGACGGACAGGCAUCAUCGCUUCUGAGGAAGAAGACACCCCGGUUGCAGUGGAGGAGAGCUACUCUGGCAACUACAUUGUGGUGUUCGACCCUCUUGACGGCUCUUCCAACAUCGAUGCUGCUGUUUCCACGGGGUCAAUCUGGGGAAUCUACAAGCCCAACGAGGAAUGCCUGACCAAUCUCGGAGAGGAGCCAACUAUUGAUGAGAUCGCCGAAAACUGCGUCGUCAAUGUCUGUCAACCAGGGAGCAAUUUGUUGUCCGCCGGGUACUGCAUGUACUCGAGCUCCGUCAUCCUCGUUCUCUCAGUCGGUGAUGGAGUCUACGGCUUCACUCUGGACCCUCUCUACGGAGAAUUCGUCCUCUCGCACGACAACAUCCAAAUUCCAAAAUCUGGUAAGAUCUAUUCCAUGAAUGAAGGCAACUACGCCCUCUGGGAUGACAACCUCAAGAAGUACGUCGACAGCUUGAAGGACCCCGGUACCUCGGGAAAGCCAUACUCCGCCCGCUACAUCGGCAGCCUGGUAGGAGACUUCCACAGGACAAUGCUCUAUGGAGGCAUCUACGGCUACCCUCGGGAUUCCAAGAGCAAGAACGGCAAGCUGAGGUUGCUCUACGAGUGCGCUCCCAUGAGCUACUUGGCUGAGCAGGCGGGCGGCAAAGGAUCUGAUGGCCACCAGAGAAUUCUCGACAUUCAACCCGAGCAGGUUCACCAACGGGUGCCGCUCUACGUCGGGAGUGUGGAAGAGGUGGAGAAGCUGGAAUCCUUCCUCAGCUCUUAAACUCGUCGACACAACUACGCAUCCUUCAGGAUAUGUCACCAAUUCUUCACAUCAGUCUCCUGCGCGUGGCACCAUCGGAAAAGCAUCAAUCUCUCCUCCGACGCUGGGAUCCCAGGUCGCGCUGCGACGAAUUGGGUUACAUGAUCUUUGUUGCGCGUCGAAAUGCACUGUAAUCCCUGCAUGCGUCCUAGUGUCCCUAAUGUGUUACAAUUCCCUCUCUCUCGCCGCUGUGUCUCCGCCGACUCGGUGCCGAAAAUCUCCUGUCGGUAACUUUGGCGACAUCAGAUGUGGCAUGAGGUUCUGGAGACCCCAGCUCCGUCGACAGACGCUCGUCUUCCGUUCGUCCGUGGUCCACGCCCGUUGACUUUCUGUAGUUUUUGUUCUAGUUUCUUUUGCUUUUAUCACAUCCAUGUCGCCAAAGUUAAUAUUAAUUAAUUUCUUAAUUUUAUUUUUUAUUUUUUAUUUAUUUUUAUUUUUUUGGUUCCUAAACAUUUCUCAAACUUGAUCUUGAUAUCAGUUUUAUUGGUUAUUUUGUAA